CAGCGAGAAAGCGACGGCACCAGCUCGCACUACGACGUCCUUUUAAAUUGAGGGAAAUUGAGGUAGGAUAGUAACAAUUCGUCGUCAAUUCUGUCAUUAAAACGCUUGGCCGCGUUUCUUGUCAAGCUAGCAACAAGGUGUCAAACCUUUCGGAGCGAGAACAAUGCCACCGAAAUCAAAGCGAGCUGCCAAAGAGUAUGGACCGAAGGGAAUUGAAAGGGUUCCAGAAUCAUGGGAUGUCACGCUAGCGUUGGAUUCCUGCGUGCGGUUGCUGACCAAGCUGGGCGUGGGGGUGCCGGCCGAGAUGAAGGCCGUCGCCAAUUCGUCCAGAGGCUACAAACGUCCUUCGUCAAGCACCGUCUACCUGGUGCAAUACGCGGGCGCCUCCAGCCAGCCGCGGGAGGUGCGGCUGCGGCGGCUGCUGGCCUACGGCGACGAGUUGCCCGCGUACAUGCCGGGAACCUGGAAGAGCCAACUGUCCCAACACUACACCAUUGUGAUCCUCGAGUACCUCUAUUAUGCCGAUGUCUGUGAGAAAAAGCCGCACCCGCUGCAUGGUAAAGAACCGGUGACAGCAAAGAGGCAGAGGCCCUCAAGCCCGGCUCCGGUGGAAAAGGCACUCGAGGACAUGAAGCGAGAGGAGUGGGAAACAACCGUCAAGAAGCACUACCCGCUGUUAAAUAUCCUCGAGGAAUACUUGAACCCAGCAAAUGGAUGGCCGAAGCGAGAAUACGCCAUUUACGCGCUGGCCGUGUGCGCCCAGAGGUUUUGUAACCAUUACCUGAAGAACGGCUUCUACAUUCUGGCCGAGAAGUACUUGGUGUCCGUGGAUGAUCUUUUCUAUUUCAUCAAAAUUUUCACCACGCGUUUCGGCGAACCGAGGUCAGAAGUAAUCCCCAAUGCCAUGGAGGGAGAUGCUGCUUCAUCUGAUGAAAACCUUGAUGAAAACCAUGAUGGAACCCCUGCUGCCAAAAAUGGCAAGAAACAGCCAUCAAUUAAGAAAAGACGCAACCGACGUGGUUGGGGCCGCGGAAUUCGUGCGGUGGUCCAGCAUUGGUAUGAAAAACAGAACGCAGAAGCAUUGGUGAAGAGUGUGUCUCGCAUGAAGAGCCACCAUGGGUGGAAACACGCCGAUUUGGUUAAAAUGGCUCAUGUCUGUGAUACCAACCUGAGAGCAAGGAGAAAGGACUGCGCCAAAGAGUGCAGAUCGGAGCCAUCGACGCCAUUCUCGUUGGCUUUGUACUUCAUCUUGCAAGGAUAUGCCAAAACAAAAGAUCUGGACGUUGACCAAACGCUUGAGUCGGUAAAGAAGGUCAUAUUGGAUGAACAUAUUGUGGACAGGGAGAAAAUAACCCCCGAUGUGAUAAGAUCGAAGACCUUGAAAGUGGAGGAAUUGAGACUGGAGAAAAAUGAAGAAAGUGAUAUCUGGUUGGCGCUGGUAGAAAACAUGACCGCCGCCGAUGUUCUGCUCCACGUGGAUCAGCUUUGCAGUGUCGACCAAAACGUCAACUCAGAUUUGUGGCAUGCGGCCGCUGAAAAGCUGAAAAAGCUUGUGGAACACGAUAAUAAAGAAAUUGCAAAUAUCAAUCCCAGCGCUGUCGCCAUUGCCAUGACAAAUUUCGUGAUGGCCAUGAAAAACGAUGGCAAGAUUGUCCGCAAGAAAGUGAUCAAAACCCCUAAGGAAAUUGAUGGAUACGACACUGACAAGGAUGAGAUGUUCAUAGCGCUUGACAAUCUCUUGAAUAAAUCACUACAGGUGAUAAAUCCAGUUAAAACGAAGCGGGUUGUGGCAGUGUUGCAUUUGGGUGGCAACGAAAUGGAUAGUCCAUGCGCAGUCUCAAUGUCCAUGUCGACCAAGUUUGCUGCUGCUCUGAUUUUGCUUAGCUUGUGGUACCAGUAUCAGAAUAAUUUCGACGUUUGGGUCUUCAAAGAUGCCAACACCGUGGAGACCGCCAAAUUCAUUCUUCCUUGUACCAUACACGAACUUAUGAAACAUAUUGAAGAAAAAACCGAAGAAUACUCCAAGAGUAAGAGUGGAAAUGCGAGGAUGGCAGCUGCGAUGAGCUUUGCAAAAGAAAGGAUAAAUGAGGGUGUAGACGCAUUCGUGUUGAUCACUUCUUCGCUGAGGUGCUGGUCGCCCGACUCUGAUGUGCUCACUGCUCUCCAAGAGUACAAUGAUGAGAAGAAGCCCAAAGUCGCAAAGUUAGCGGUGUGGGCUCUGUCCAACACAUUCAUCAACGUGUCGCAGCUUUGGCCUUCUUUGAACACAAUGGAUUUCGCCGGAUUUGACGCCCAUUCCCUGUUUGUGCUGAAUAAAUUUAUCUCCGACGCCUUUGUUCAGAAGAUUGACGUCAUCACCAAAUAAUUUUCAGAGUUCCUCUUUUUUUUGUGAAAUUCUGAUUUCACUAGCUGCAUUUUUUAUGAAGCUAUUAUUAUUUUUGCUAUUUUUGUAUCCAACGCAACGUAAAGCCCGUUGCCGAUGUAUUGUUAACCCAAAGGUGCCUAAAAUUAUUAUUUUGGACCGCAAGAAGCAUUUUUUGAUCUGAAAUAUGUGUAUCAAGACUUGUAAAAAUUAGGUUUGUAUUGCUAUGUGAGAGAAAUUUUCUGCGUCCAAAGCAUUUUCUUAUUUGACUAAGUUAAUCUCUUUGUUAUACCUACAAUAGUUGGAAUUUAAUUGUCGUAUUACUUCAUUGAAUAUUUUGAAUCUUCACAUGAGUUAUAAUAAUAAACAUUACGCAUGUUGGAAAUAAA